UUUUCUUUUUAAUGACUUAAUAUUAAUAUAUAAUUCAUCAUGAGCAUACUUUUGCGAAAAGAUGGCAUUCAUAAAAUUAUUUUUAUGAGAUAAGAAUAAUGAUAAUGAUAUAUAUAAGCAAAAAAAAUCUUAUACAAAUCACAAAUAAAUAAUAUUCAAACAAAAUUUUGAUAUCAUAAAUAAAAUGAGGGAGAGAUAAGAUAGAAACAGCCACCCUUUCCGCAACGUCCUUGGAAGAAUAGGAAGAUGGUUUGGAGAUUUCAAAAAAUGUAACAUCACUUGUACAAUAGAAAAAUGGGUCCAUAAAAAUUUGUAUUCAAUUUUGUAGAUAAUUUUAGGUGUAUUAUAUUUAAUAAUAUAAAUAAAAAAAAUUAUAAUUAAAAAAACUAAAUUUGUAAUCUUUGAUAAUGACGUUGAAUUUACCAAGGUGGGUGGACAAAGGAGAUGAAAUAAAAAAUUGGUGAGGGGAGAGAUUGAGAGUCAGGGAGGGAUUAGGAUAUUUUCGUUUAUAAAUAAAUUUUAAAAUUUAAAUUAAAUUUAGUAAAACUCAAUCAUUUGAAUACGAGAAAAAUGAAGUGGUAGUGAAAAAGAACGAGUAAUUGUUGUCCCUAAGACAUAAAUCGAACAAUUAGAUGAAUAAUAUGUUGGUGUUAAUUCAAUAAAUUAUAAGUUCGAUUAUCACAAAAAUUUAGACAUACCUUAUAAUUUAUUUUUUUUAAGAUAAUUAAGGUUACUAGUAUUAUAAUAACACAAGAAAUCGAGCAACUAAUGGUUCCUAAAUGUCUUGUCCAUGUGUCAAACUCAAUCAAUAUGGCCAGACAUUGACACGUUAUUCAAUGUACCCUCCUAAUUCCUAAAGCCCUUGAGUUUCAUGAAUGUGGCAAAACUUGUUCAGUGAUUCAAGAAUUGAAAUUUAAUCCCACUCUCCAGAUUUGGUAACCCUUCCUCUCCCUUUCUCGUGCUCCUUUCCGUCCCUUCCCUUCUCCUCCUCCCUCGUCAAAGAAACAACCACUUCUUGUCAUUAACCAGAUCUAGAGAGAGAUGGGCAACGGAAAGAUCGAGAUAAAGAGGAUAGAGAAUCCAACGAACAGGCAGGUCACUUACUCCAAGCGAAGAAAUGGUCUCUUCAAGAAAGCCCAAGAGCUCACAGUUCUCUGUGAUGCCAAGAUCUCUCUCCUUAUCUUCUCCAGCAAAGGCAAAUGCAAUGAAUAUAUCAGUCCCAACACCACGACGAAGAAGAUCUAUGAUCAGUACCAGAACACUCUUGGCAUCGACCUAUGGAACACGCACUACGAGAGUAUGCAAGAGCAAUGGAGGAAACUGAAGGAGAUCAACGAUAAACUAAGGAGAGAGACCGGGCAGAGAAAGGGUGGUGAUUUGAUGAGCUAUCUGAGCUUUGAUGAACUGCGUAGACUGGAGCAAAACAUGGCUGCUUCUCUGACGACUAUACGGGACAGAAAGUAUCAUGUGAUCAAGACUCAGACGGAGACUUGCAAGAAGAAGGUGAGGAACUUGGAGGAAAGGUAUGGAGAUCUCCUACUAAAAUAUGAAGCGAAAUGCGAAGAUACCUGGUUCGGAUUGACUGCCGACCACGGCGACUACAACUCUGCGGUUGGAUUUGCAAACGAGGCCUGCAAUCUGUAUGCUCCCCGCCUGCAAGCCGCGGGCCACCCUGACCUUCACCAUGGAGGAGCAUUUUGAGAUCAUUGAAACCGCCGUUUGCUUGGCGCUGAGAUCCUUUGCCUCUCCACAAAAUUCAUUUGCAGUGUGUUUCCUCUACGCUUGGCAUUGAAUGUAGUUACUACCCAGAAUCUUGAUGGUGGUGUAAUAUUUUGCAUUGACGUGGCCCGAGAGUAGAAGUGCUUAAAUAAGAGGUCAUGAGUCCAAGUUUUUAUGUGGAUUGUCUUUUUAUUACGAUGGUGUUACGAUGUUAUUGUAGUAUGGGCCGUUGUCUAUUAUAAGAUUAUUUUAAAUUUAAGGACGAA